AUGUCCCAGGAAGAAGUGUUCCAAGACCGUCAGAACUACUACAAGGGGAGAGCGAAGGUAUACUUGCACCAUUUCCAAAUAGAUAAUAUGGGACCUCGAAUUAUUCGAGAUUCGCAUGUGGACCGGCUGGACAGAAUCUUUCAGUCGGAGGGGCUUUCUCGCCUAAACCCUGAGAAUUAUGUGAAGGUCUCAAUAGGCAAUGACGUUCUCCAGCAGGCGCUGGUUGCCCAGGGUGAAACUGAAGCCUUCCUAAACGGCCCGUUGAACUUUUUAAAUCUCCCAGAUGAUAUACGGCUGAAUAUUUUGCAUGGGAAUCACCGGGUUCUGGCUGCAAUCAAGAGAUCUGCACGAUGGUGGGUAGCCGAAUUUUAUAGUGAUGGUCACUUUGAUAUCUAA